UUCAUUCUCAUUCCCCCUCCUCCUUCUUCCUCCCCCUUUUUUUUCCCCUUCUUUUUCUUUCUGUCAAUUUUAACUGUCUCUCCCUUUUCUCAGUCAUCGCCAGCAAAGACUCCAUUGUUCAUUUGCUGUUCACAAGCAUUACUUGGACCAAGUAAAAGGGAGGAUUGAUUCUGGUUGGUGGGUUUUUGGCCACGCAGAGAAGGGAAAGAUUCAGAUUCUUCGAUUAACUCAAGAAGCUAAUUCAUAUAAUAUAGUUCUCAUCGUCUUGCUGGGUUUGGAAAGUUAAGAGUAUAAGUUGAGCUCUUCGAUAGUGAGGAUUAACAGAAAUGGCGCCGAAAACCGGCAAGGCCAAGCCUCAUAAAGCCAAGGGCGAGAAGAAGAAGAAGAAGAAGGAAGAAAAAGUUCUGCCGACGGUCGUUGAAAUCACCGUUGAGACGCCGGACGACGGGUCCCAAGUCACUCUCAAGGGAAUUUCGACGGACAGGAUCCUGGACGUGAGAAAGCUACUGGCCGUCCACGUCGAGACAUGCCAUUUAAACAACUUCUCCAUCUCCCACGAGGUAAAGGGGCCCAGACUAAGAGAUUCGGCGGAUAUCGUCUCACUCAAACCCUGCCACCUCACCAUCGUUGAAGAGGAAUACAGUGAAGAGCAGGCCGUCGCUCACAUCCGCCGGCUCCUCGACAUCGUCGCCUGCACCACUUCCUUCGGCUCGUCGCCGAUCAAACCGGCCGAAGGCCGUACGACUAAGGACGCCGCCGGGAAGGAUGUUAGUUCGACGGAAUCGGAAGCGGGUCAAAGAAACGGCGGCGAUGACGCCGGAGUCGCCAAGUCAAAAGGAGGCGCGGGAGGAGGAGAUAAGAAGGCCGGCGCGGCGGUCAACAGGAGUAAGAGUUUUGGAAAUGACACGGAUCUGUCUCCCAAGGGAGAUUCGGCAGCGGCUGCGGCUGCGAUUAACAUGUACCCGCCGCCGCGGCUAGGGCAGUUCUACGAGUUCUUUUCGUUCUCAAACCUCACGCCGCCGGUUCACUACAUUCGAAGAUCUGAUCGGCCGUUCCUCGAAGAUAAAACGAACGACGAUUUUUUCCAAUUAGAUGUUAGGGUUUCCAGUGGGAAGCCAAUGACAAUUGUUGCUUCGAAGAAAGGGUUUUAUCCAUCUGGAAAGCGCAUCCUUCUUUGCCAUUCAUUGGUUGGCUUGCUACAACAGAUUAGCCGGCCUUUUGAUACUGCUUACCGAGCUCUUAUGAAAGCUUUUAUAGAACACAAUAAGUUUGGCAAUCUUCCUUAUGGUUUUCGGGCAAAUACAUGGGUUGUGCCACCAGUUGUCUCUGAAAACCCAUCUGUUUUCCCCCCACUUCCAGUGGAAGAUGAAAACUGGGGUGGAAAUGGAGGCGGGCAAGGAAGGAAUGGUAAACAUGAUCACAGGCCAUGGGCAAAGGAGUUUGCAAUAUUAGCAGCAAUGCCUUGUAAAACUGCAGAAGAGAGACAGAUCCGUGAUAGGAAAGCCUUUCUACUCCACAGUUUAUUCGUCGAUGUUUCCGUUCUCAGAGCUGUGAGAGCAAUCAAGCAGAUCAUUGAUAAUAAUCAGUCUUCUCUAAGCAAGACUGACCUGUUUCCCCACGAGGAAAGAGUUGGGGAUUUACUUAUUAAGGUGAUAAGAGAUGACUCUGAUGCAAGCACCAAGUUGGAUCGUAAGAAUGAUGGUAGUCUGGUACUUGAACUGCCACAGGAAGAACUCGCUCAUCGAAAUCUGCUUAAGGGCAUUACUGCUGAUGAAAGUGCGGCUGUUCAUGAUGUUUCUACCAUAGGAGUUGUGAUUAUCCGGCAUUGCGGAUACACAGCUGUUGUUAAAGUCUCGGGAGAAGUGGACUGGAAAGGGAGUCCAAUUCCUCAGGACAUUGAUAUUGAAGACCAACCUGAAGGAGGGGCCAAUGCCUUGAAUGCCAAUAGCUUGAGGAUGCUAUUGCACAAGUAUCCAACAUCUCAAUUGCCGAAUACAAACCAGAGAUUACAGAGUGGAGACGCUGAAAAUGCACGUUCUGCUAGGGCACUUGUCAGGAAGGUACUAGAGGAAAGUCUACAGAAGUUGCAUGAAGAACCCAGUAAACGUGUAAAGUCCAUCAGAUGGGAACUAGGCGCAUGUUGGGUCCAACACUUGCAAAAUCAGGCUUCAGGUAAAACCGAUCCUAAAAAACCUGAAGAGAAAAAACCUGAACCUGCCGUCAAGGGACUGGGAAAGCAGGGUGGCCUGCUGAAGGAGAUAAAGAAAAAACUGGGUGUAAAAAAUGGCAAACCAAAGGAUGGAAAAGAUAUUUCUCAAGGUAACAACACUGAGACUAUGAGGAUAUCAGAUGGCAUGGAUCAGAAAGAGGAGGAGAAUAAACUUGAGGAUAUGGAGGUCACAUGGAAAAGAUUGCUUCCUGAAGCUGCAUAUCUGCGGCUUAAAGAAUCUGAAACUGGUCUUCAUCUCAAGUCUCCUGAAGAGUUGAUUGAAAUGGCACAUAAAUACUAUGCAGAUACCGCUCUUCCGAAACUGGUAGCAGAUUUUGGCUCUCUCGAACUGUCACCGGUUGAUGGGAGAACAUUGACAGAGUUUAUGCAUACUAGGGGUUUACAGAUGUGUUCUUUGGGCCGUGUGGUUGAACUUGCAGACAAACUCCCUCAUGUACAAUCACUCUGUAUACAUGAAAUGAUUGUUCGAGCCUACAAGCACAUAUUGCAAGCUGUUGUAGCUGUUGCAAACGUGGCUUCUGAGCUGACUGCACUAAUUUCAGCAUGCUUAAAUAUAUUGUUGGGAACUCCUCCAGUUGAAACAGAGGAUGCAGAGAUUGUUGAGGAUGAUAAGUUAAAGUGGAAAUGGGUGGAAACCUUCCUUUCCAAGAGAUUUGGGUGGCAAUUGAAGCAUGAAAGCUGCCAAGAUCUAAGAAAAUUCACAAUACUUCGUGGACUUUCCCAUAAAGUUGGGCUUGAGCUCCUUCCCCGAGACUACGAGGUGGAUAUUGCAUUUCCUUUUAGGAAGUCUGAUGUCAUAAGUAUGAUCCCUGUCUAUAAGCAUGCUGCAUGUUCAUCAGCAGAUGGCCGUACAUUAUUGGAAUCAUCCAAAACUUCCUUGGACAAGGGGAAGUUGGAAGAUGCUGUUAACUAUGGCACCAAGGCACUCUCGAAGCUGGUUUCAGUCUGUGGCCCUUAUCAUCGAAUGACUGCUGGAGCGUACAGUUUGCUUGCUGUAGUUCUUUAUCAUACGGGCGAUUUUAAUCAGGCAACCCUUUAUCAGCAGAAGGCAUUGGACAUUAAUGAAAGGGAGCUUGGACUUGACCAUCCUGAUACAAUGAAAAGCUACGGAGAUCUAGCCGUCUUCUAUUAUCGUCUUCAACAUACAGAAUUAGCAUUGAAGUAUGUCAACCGGGCACUCUAUCUCUUGCACUUUACAUGUGGACCAUCUCACCCGAACACAGCUGCCACAUAUAUCAAUGUGGCGAUGAUGGAAGAAGGACUGGGAAACGCCCAUGUUGCUCUUAGGUACCUUCACGAGGCUCUGAAGUGUAACCAGAGACUACUUGGAGCUGACCAUAUUCAGACUGCUGCCAGCUACCAUGCCAUUGCGAUUGCUCUUUCAUUGAUGGAAGCUUAUUCAUUGAGUGUUCAGCAUGAGCAAACAACAUUACAAAUACUGCAGGCGAAGCUUGGGUCUGAAGAUUUACGCACUCAGGAUGCUGCAGCUUGGCUCGAGUACUUCGAAUCCAAGGCUCUUGAGCAGCAAGAAGCUGCCCGUAAUGGCACUCCCAAGCCAGAUGCCUCCAUCUCCAGUAAAGGACACUUGAGUGUGUCGGACCUUUUGGAUUACAUAACUCCAGACGCGGAUCUUAAAGCUAGAGAAGCCCAGAAGAAAGCUCGCGCAAAGCUGAUUAAAGGAAAACCAGGCCAGAACGGGGAACCGGGCUUUUCAGACAAAUACCAGAAGGACGAAGAAACACCAUCCCCAACUACUUCCCACGUCGAUGAUAGCUCCAGCGACAAGGAGAACAAAUCCGUGACCCAGAACAAUGCUCCACAGGAAGAGAAAAAGUUCGAUCAGAAGCAGUCUAUAUCCAUCAAGACCGAAGUCGUCAUUGUUACUACACUGGAGGAAGACCCCGACGAAGGGUGGCAGGAAGCCGUCCCCAAGGGCCGCUCCCCUGCGAACCGAAAACCGUCUGCAGGUAGCGGUUCGAGGAGGCCGAGCCUCGCGAAGCUCAACACCAACUUCAUGAACAAUGCUUCUUCCCAGUCGAGAUCUCGCGGAGGGAAGCCGAGUCCAAACGACUCUGCUGCUUCACCUGCGGCAGUUACUGUUCCCGCCAAGAAGUUCGUUAAGAACGCGAGUUUCGGCCCUAAAGUCAACCACACCGGUGGUGGACCGGAGAAAGUGGUGAUGAAUCCCAAAUCUGCUCCUGUGACUCCAGCUUCCAACGACGCAGUUUUGAGACCAGUUUCGGCGGGAAACCAGAUCAGCGUUCAAGCAGCUGGGAAGCUUUUCUCAUACAAAGAAGUUGCUCUGGCUCCUCCAGGGACGAUUGUGAAAGCGGUGGCCGAACAGGUUCAAGUUCAGCCACCGCCGGAAGAGGGGAAGCGUUCGAGAGAACCGAGUCCUGAGGUCUUCACUCCUACCACUGACUCGGCGAGUUCAAAAAAUGGAGAGGAAGGAACAAAGUCACCACCACAAACAGAAGAAUCGGCCGAGACUAAGGAAGAAGAAAGAAACCCUGCUGAAACUCGAGCUUCUGCCGCUGCGGCUGACGAAGUUGGGAUUCAGGAAUCAGGAAAUGCAGUUGAGGAAGCAGUAUCAUCGACCAAUGUAGGAGUUCCCCAACCUGCUGCUGCAACUGAUGAAGAGCAGCAAGAAGCAGAGGAGGUUCUUCAACCAGGGGAGAAACAGAAUGAAGCCCAGAAUGGCAAGGAUGGAACGAAGAAGCUCUCAGCAGCUGCACCACCGUUUAAUCCAUCUCCCACAGCGAUUAUUCCAGCUUUCGGUUCUGUUGGGGUUCUGGCGUUUAAGGACCUCGGUGGGAUUCUGCCUCCGCCGGUGAACAUCCCUCCGAUGCUUCCGGUGAACCCGGUAGCCAUACGGAGGUCUCAUCACCAGUCGUCGGCUACGGCUAGAGUGCCCUAUGGUCCCAGGUUGUCCGGUGGGUAUAACAGGUCCGGAGGGAAUAAUCGGGUGCCAAGAAACAAUAAACAUUUCCACACUACCGGUGAACAUGUUCCCGCCGGAGAUGGCAAUCAGUUGAACCCGCCCAGGAUCAUGAACCCACACGCUGUUGAGUUCGUCCCGGGCCAACCCUGGCUCCCCAAUGGCUACCAAGCCGGCUCGCCCAACGGCUACCUGGCUGCUCCGACGAGGAUGAUUGCCAACGGGUUCCCUGUUUCCCCUACCAGUAUUCCUCCCCCUCCCCCCAACGGAUACCCGGUUGCUCCGAUGAACGGGUUCAAGGAGUCUUCUCCUGUUAGUCCGGUAGAAGCCACUGCCACUGCUGAAAAAGGACAAACUGAAACCCCGGCGGAGAAGAACGAUAGUGUCGAGAGUUCAUCUCAAGAAGCAGAAGCAGAGAAUCGUGAUCACAAUGAGGCGGUGGCUGAGAAUGCUUCCCCAGAGGAAGAAGAAAAGUCGGCUAAUUCAGCUUCCCCUCCUGCUGACAUCACAGUGAAUCCGAUCGUCCAGGAGAAACCGGGGCAAGUCGUGGGCUGAUUACAGUGACAGAGAAGCCGAGGCUGUUGUCGAAGUUUCAAGUUGAAGGGAAGGGAUCCGAAUUCGGAACAACCACGAAACCCUUGAUCCAUUUUGUAGAUUGUCAGGUUGAUAUGUCUGAGCGACGGAAGGGAAGGAGAGGGGUGCAAAUGCAGUAACCAGUCGGGAAGAGAAACAAGCCUAGAAUAGCAGCAUUCUGGCAAAGAAGAUGGGCGACGAGCAUUUCACUCACCGCCGGCAGGCAGGUUUUGCUGCUGCAGAUAAUCCCUGGUAUCGUUUCAUUGACAACUUUUCGGCAUAUGUUCGUUCGUUUUUGUUUACUUCUUUUUGGGUUACCUCCAUCUUUUAUUCUUUCUUCAUUUGCUGAAGAAACCUUUUUUUAUCGGAUGAUGUAGAAUGAGUAUGAAUGUUCAGAUAUGCAUCUCGCACUAAACCGAAUUGUCAUUCCUAGCUCUACUACUACUGAGCUUUAGUGUCAGAUAACAUUACCAAUACAAACAGUUACAGACAAACAGUUACUGCAAACAUUUUCCCUCUUAACAUGAAGGCGUCCCCUGCCGGAAAUGCAUGAUGAUAACCGUCGCAAGGCUAUGAGCCACAGCAGCCAUAACCACAAACACAUGGAAGAUCUGGUGGCUCUGUCCAGCAAUAUCGAACAUGCCGGGCCACCAGCGCUCCGGUAUCCUCCCGACGUAGAACCCAGCUCCGGCGCCAUACAGAACCGCCAUGAUCACCUCGAGCAGGACCGAGACGAACACGUGCGGGUGGCCCCAGUGGAUGCACACGCCGUGGACCGCCGGCACGGUCCCGGAGAACCCCAUGGCGAGGAACAAGGUGGCCCGGAACUUGCGGUACCGGGGAGCCGAGAGCUGGGGGGAGAGCAGGGUGACGAUGGCCAUCGCGCCGAGGACGGUGAUGGAGGUGAGGUAGAGGAAGCGGGAGAUCGGGUUGCAGUGGAAGAUGUAGUAGAUGGGUGCGUAGAAUGAGGAGACGAUCAUGACGGAGAUUCCGGCGUAGUCGAGCCGCCAGAAGAAGAGGUUGAAGGCCUUGGAGUGGCAGGCGAGGAGGUGGGAGAGCGAGCUGCAGGUUAGGCAGGUCAUUGCUCCGGCUAAGUAGACGAACCACGGCCACUGUGCGAUGGGUUCCGAGCCGGUUUCCAGCUCCGGGAUUCGCCGGAGAUGGUGGUCCUGAACCAAGCUGUUAUCAGAGACGUUGAAAUCACUGCCAUUGUUCUUCAUUAUCAUUGCCAUCAACGGUCCAGAGGCUUGACCUCUCGAUAAAUCGGUGAGGAAUCCUCCUAGCUCGUCCAAUUUCCCCAUGAAGCUCAUCACCGUCAGUCCAGCAAAGAUCAAGAACCCUCCCAAAUGCGUCCAGAUGUUGAGGGUUUCGUUGUGCCAGGAGAAGACGCUCCACAGCGCGUCCCGGAGCGGCCAUUCCGACCGGUAAUGGUCGAGGAUGAACUCGUUGUCUUUCAAAUACUCCGGCAGGUCAUUGAAUUUCACCAGCCUCCUCUCCUUCUCCUUCCUCCUUCCAUCGCCGCCGCCGCAGCAGCAGGAAGACGAAGUAGCAAUCACUUCCUCUUCUUCCUCCUCCGCCAUCGCCGCCGCGCUCGUCUUCCUCCUUACGUUGCCGCUCAUUUCUUUCUAUCCUAUCUCAGGGAAACGAAUGAGUAUCCCGGUUUCAGGCGAGUGACGCGGCGGUGGAUCUGAUCAGAAAAAAAAACCUUUUUCCCCUUUUUCCACUCUGCUUUCGCUCUGUUUUUAGCUUCUUCUUCGCUUUUGCUGCUUUACCAUUUUCUCGCCUUUCUGGUUCCCGUUUUUGGAUAUAUA